AUGAGAGAAUAUCAAACGCGAGGAAGGUUCCCCCGACAGCGCGGAAGCGGAAGCGGAAGCAGAAACCCUCUCCGCGCGUCCCCCGCGUUGGCGCGCGCAGCCGCGGUCAUGGGGCGGCUGGCGGAAGCCCCGCCGGCCAACGGCGCAGCAAAUGGCACUGCGAAUAGGACAAAACGGGGGGGAUCGGUGAACGGGCGGCUGUCGUCGGGAUACGAUUUGAUGAUGGAAGAUCUGGUGGACGGCCAGGUUUGUCAUAUUCUGGACCGGCCGUCCAAGAAGCAGGUGUGCCUGUUCUACUGUAGCGAGAUGGCGGAUCUCGCGGCGAGUAUCGCGGAGGACGUCGAUAAUAUCGAGCUGAAGCCGAUCGAAUGGGGCAAGUUCGAGGACGGCUUUCCAAACCUCUUUGUGCCGAACGCGCAUGGAAUCAGGGGCCGCCACGUGGCGUUCCUGGCGUCGUUCAGCUCGCCAGCUGUCAUCUUCGAGCAGCUGUCCAUCAUCUACGCCAUCCCGCGCAUGUUUGUGGAGUCCUUCACUCUGGUUCUGCCGUUCUUCCCCACCGGCACAAGCGAGAGAAUGGAGGAUGAAGGGGACGUGGCGACAGCAUUUACUCUCUCCCGCAUCCUCUCCAACAUCCCCAUCUCGCGAGGGGGCCCCACCAGCCUUGUCAUCUUCGACAUUCACGCGCUGCAGGAGCGGUUUUACUUUGGAGACAACGUGCUGCCGUGCUUUGAAAGCGGCAUCCCUCUGUUGAAGCACCGCCUGCACCAACUGCCAGACUCCGACAAUAUAACAAUCGCAUUCCCGGAUGAAGGUGCAUGGAAGAGGUUUCACAAGCAACUGCAGCACUACCCCAUGGUGAUCUGCACCAAGGUGCGCGAGGGGGAGAAGCGCAUUGUUCAGCUCAAGGAGGGCAACCCCAAGGGGCGGCACGUGGUGAUCGUGGAUGACUUGGUGCAGUCGGGAUCGACGCUCAUUGAAUGCCAGAGGCUCCUGGCAGCGCAUGGAGCGGCGAAAGUGAGUGCGUAUGUGACCCACGGGGUGUUCCCCAACCAGACAUGGCGACGAUUCAACCACGAUGCCAACGGCAAUCCAUCGGAGGGCUUCGCACACUUCUGGAUAACGGACUCCUGCCCCGCUACAGCCAAGGCUGUGGCCGAACGGCCACCGUUUGAGAUCCUCUCACUCACACGCUCCAUCCAAGCAGCUCUGCAAGUAUGA